AUGACCGCACGCCAGCAGCUAGGAAUCAGUGGCUCGCUAGACCAACACGGCAGCUGCGAGAUUGUUCCCGGAGAGGCUGAUGCUGAGGAUGAGCAGGCCGCAUUCGAAGGGGACUUCUUUGGUUCUGCAGAGGAGUAUGGCCAUGGAGAUCUCCCGUUUCCUCGGGAUGAUGGCGACACCGAGGACCACGUCAAUGUCGACCACGACCCGGUGGACGAGUCGAGCGAUGACGAGGGAUCUGAGGAAGAUGCUGUCGGCCGUGAUGUUCUCCGUCCGAGCAAUGAGGUCCAGCGCGAUGGACAUCCGCUCCAACCUCCGAUUCCUGAGGUGCCACUUCGCUCAUCUCCUGCCUCGAACGCAGACGACGAACACGAUAUGGCUGAAGGGCAAGUUCCUGAUGAUGCUUCGCAAGCAGGACCGAGCGGCGCACCUGGUGGACUGGACCCCGAUGCUCACGAACAGAUCCGUCGAGCACCUGCGUAUGUUGUCCCAUUUGGCGGCGCGGCUGGGGCUCCUGUGCCGCCAGAGUCUGGACAAGCACCCGAGGCAGGCUACACCGAGUAUGAGGGCACUGUCGAUCCUAAGGCUGCAAAUCCAUAUGCGCCUUUUGCCUCGAAGAUGGACUGGGAAAUCGCACACUGGGCGAAACUGCGCGGCUCUGGAUCAACAGCGUUCUCCGAUCUACUCGCCAUACCCGAGGUCCGUGAGCGGCUCGGGCUAUCCUACAAGAAUUCCGAUGGGUUAAACAAAAUCAUCGACGAACAGUUACCGAACCGACGCCCGAUGUUCCACCAAUUCGAAGUCACCAUCAAUGGCGAACACUUGACAUGUUCAAACGCGACAUACUCGAGUGCGCGCGUGCUCUCUGGGUGA